AUGACCGAGGUGAUUACGGACCAAGUCCCCCCGAUCCUCCAUGGACCCUCUGAAAAGGAAAAGAAGUACGAUAGACAGCUGCGACUUUGGGCAGCAGCAGGACAGCAAGCUCUUGAGGAUGCCCAUCUCCUCCUGCUCAACUCUGGCGCAGGAACUGUUGGUGUAGAGACCUUGAAGAACCUCGUUCUUCCAGGUAUUGGCAAGUUCACGAUUGCGGACAGCGCUGUCGUUGGAGAGGCUGACCUGGGAGUCAACUUCUUUCUGGACCAAGAUAGCUUGGGCAAAUCGAGAGCUGCCAGCUGCGCCCAGCUACUACAAGAGCUUAAUCCGGACGUGAAGGGAGACUACUUUACAUCAACCAACGACCUCCCUUUUGAUGCUGAACAAAAGUACACCCUUAUAAUGUACACCAACCCGAUCAAGCCUGAAACCCUUGAACUCGUACAAAAGUAUGCUCUUGAGCACAAAGUCCCACUCGUCGUCAUCCAAUCUGCCGGAUUCUACUCCUACUUCCAGACAGUACUGCCCGGCAGCUUCCCAAUCGUGGAUACCCACCCAGACUCAACAGCUACAACCGACCUAAGACUCCUUACACCUUGGGCAGAGCUAUCAGCAUUUGUUGAGAUUUUGACAAAGGAUCUCGAGAACCAGCCUGCUCAUGAGCAUGGCCACAUACCAUACAUUGUACUGCUGCUGUACUUCCUGGCCAAGUGGAAGGAGGAGCAUGGAUCAUUCCCUUCAACAUACAAGGAAAAGACUGCUUUUAGAAAGGUUGUGUCAGAUGCUACCCGGACCAACAAUCCAGAAGGAGGAGAGGAGAACUUCGAGGAAGCUGUCUCGGCAGUUCUGAAGACCGUCUCCGCUCCAUCUUUGUCCAGUGCAGUAAAGGAGGUUUUUGAAUAUAAGCCAAAUGAGGUGGAGUCAAAGUCGAGCUUCUGGAUCAUCGCCGCUGCUAUCAAGAGGUUCUAUGAGGAGCACAAGGAGCUCCCACUACCAGGCUCAGUACCAGAUAUGAAGGCACAAUCAACAGUCUAUGUCAAACUCCAGAACAUCUACAAGGCGAAAGCUCGCCAAGAUGUGGCUGAGGUGCUGGCAAUUGUUCGGGGCCUCCCAGGUGGCGAAGAAGUGGAUGCAGCUGAAGUCGAAAGCUUCUGUAAGAAUGCUGCUUUUAUAAAGCUCAUCUAUGGGACCGAAGUGGGGAGGGUGAAUCUUCAAGAUAUCGCAAGCAAGUACCUCAGCUCAAAGCUCCUGGUGCCUACUAACGACUGCAUAGAACGAGAGUUUGAGAAUGAUGAAAAUGCCGAGAUUACUAUGAUGCCUCUCUCCCUCCUUCCAAUCUACUUGUCCCUGACCGCAACCGCUCAUGCGCCCUCUGCAACUUCCUCCCAGAUCCUCGCCACAAUCGACAAAACCAUCCCUGACGCUUCUCUAAACCCACGUGUCGUGGAGAUAGCUCAAGAAGUAGCCCGAGCCAAAGGUGGCGAACUUCACAAUAUCUCGGCAUUAACAGGCGGAAUGGUGGCUCAGGAGGUGAUCAAGAUCAUCACAAAGCAAUACAUCCCGAUCGACAAUACCUGCAUCUUCGAUGGGAUCACAAGCAGAACGCAAGUACUACGAAUAUAA